CUCCACUCUUCUUCUUCUUCCUCCUCCGUCCAGCCGCCUCCGAGAGAGCUUACAUAAACCCCCUCCCCCCUCCUUCAAUCCCCUGCCACCACACACCAAACACACCACAGCCCCUCUCUCCCUCUAGCUGCUCCCUCUCUCGAUCUCAUCAAUGGUGAUGGAGAAGGCGGCCAUGGCGUCGUUCGGCGUGGCGGAGGCGGGCCUGGUGGGCCGGGCGGACGUGGACGACGACGGGAGGGAGCGGCGGACGGGGACGCUGGUGACGGCGAGCGCGCACAUCAUCACGGCCGUCAUCGGGUCCGGGGUGCUCUCGCUGGCGUGGGCCAUCGCGCAGCUGGGCUGGGUUAUUGGGCCGGCCGUGCUCCUCGCCUUCUCCGUCAUCACCUGGUUCUGCUCCAGCCUCCUCGCCGACUGCUACCGCUCCCCGGACCCCGUUCAUGGGAAGCGGAAUUACACCUACGGCCAGGCCGUCAGGGCAAACCUCGGAGUUGGCAAGUACAGGCUCUGCUCUCUGGCCCAGUACAUCAACCUGGUUGGGGUCACCAUCGGCUACACCAUAACCACCGCCAUCAGCAUGGGGGCGAUCGGACGGUCCAAUUGCUUCCAUCGCAACGGACACGAUGCGAAUUGUGAGGCAUCCAACACCACCAACAUGAUCAUAUUCGCGGCCAUCCAGGUCAUGCUCUCGCAGCUCCCGAACUUCCACAAGAUCUGGUGGCUCUCCAUCGUCGCCGCCGUCAUGUCCCUCGCCUACUCGAGCAUUGGCCUCGGCCUGUCCAUAGCAAGAAUCGUAGGUGGGGCGCAUGCCAAGACAACGCUAACAGGGGUGACUGUUGGAGUGGAUGUGUCCUCCAGUGAGAAGAUUUGGAGGACGUUUCAGUCCCUUGGAGACAUUGCCUUUGCUUACUCCUACUCCAAUGUCCUAAUUGAAAUUCAGGACACGCUGCGUUCGAACCCAGCGGAGAACAAGGUGAUGAAGAAGGCGUCUCUAAUCGGGGUCUCAACCACGACAACCUUCUACAUGCUCUGCGGCGUCCUGGGCUACGCGGCCUUCGGCAGCGGGGCCCCAGGAAACUUCUUAACGGGCUUCGGGUUCUACGAGCCCUUCUGGCUCGUGGACAUCGGCAACGCCUGCAUCGUGGUCCACCUCGUGGGGGCCUACCAGGUCUUCUGCCAGCCCAUCUACCAGUUCGUCGAGUCCUGGGCCAGGGCCCGUUGGCCCGACUCGGCCUUCCUCCACGCCGAGUUCCCCCUCGGCCCAGUCCACGUCAGCCCGUUCCGGCUGACCUGGCGCACGGCUUACGUGGCGCUGACUGCCGUCGUGGCAAUGCUGUUCCCGUUUUUUAAUGAUUUUCUGGGGCUGAUUGGGGCUGUGUCCUUCUGGCCGCUGACGGUGUACUUCCCCGUGGAGAUGUACAUGGCGCAGGCCAAGGUGCGUCGCUUCUCGCCGACGUGGACGUGGAUGAACGUGCUCAGCGCCGCCUGCCUCGUCGUCUCCCUCCUCGCCGCCGCCGGUUCCGUGCAGGGGCUCAUCAAGGCUGUUUCUGGGUACAAGCCAUUCAAGGCCUCCUGAUUCUAGUUAAGAGGAAGAGGAAGAGGAAGAGGAAGCGGAAGGAGAAGAAGCAAUGGAAUCAACAAUUAAUCAGAGGAAUUAAGGGUCAAAUGCAGCUAGUAAAAUCUCAGCAUGCAUGAUUUAAUAGUGAUGAUACAUGCGUACGCACUAAUGUUGUUGUUAUAUAGGUAAAGAAGAAGGGUCCAGGUUAUUAAUUCGAGAGUCCAUUGUUAAUCUAAGUGGGGGGAAAUUUAGAUUUGGAUUAUUAGUAUCGAAAUGAAUUACAAGUAAGGUUUGGGCUUGAGGUGAAAUGUAAUUAAGUAGCUAAUUUUCAGAAGCUUAGUCGGUCGAUCUGGGCAGCUAGCAAUAAGAAAUUGAGUCAACAAAUCUGUUGACUCCAUGCUAAGGUAAUCAAGUUAAUAUAUUCUCCGCCGAUUAAGAAGUUUA